AUGUCAACACUACCUCGUAGACCAAGUUAUAAUAAGGUCAAUAAAUCAAUUAGAAAACCAAGUUUUUCACUUCCUACAUUAUAUGAUUCAAAUCAUAAAUUUCCAAUACAUGAAAAACCUGAACCUGUAAAAAUAUCAAAUGAAUUACAACAAUUAAAAAAUAAAGUAUUAAAUAAUGAAAGAAUAUCAAAAGAUGAAUAUUUACAAAGUAAUCAUUUUAAAUUUAAAGAAGGUUCAGAAUUAAAAUCAAAAGAAUUACUUGAAAAAUCAACAAAUUAUAUUAAAGAGCUUCAUCCAUUAGUUGCAAUAGAUUGUGAAUCUUAUGAAUUUGAUCAUUCUAAAAUUACAGAAAUAGGAAUAGCUAUAUUACAAUCAACAACAACCACAAUAAUACCUCAAAUAAUUACAUACCACAUAAUAAUAGAAGAAAAUAUCCACAAGAGAAGUCAUAAAUAUGUACCAGAUCAUAAAGAUAAAUAUAUGAAUGGUACAUCAUUAAUAAUGAAUGAAAAAUUAGCAAUAGCUUUUGUAAAUAAAAUUAUACAAAAGUAUCUAUUCAAACUAAAUGGUAUAAUGGUUGGUCAUUCAAUAAAUUCAGAAUUUAAAUAUUUUAAACAUUUAGGUAUAAGUUUACCUCACAACUUAAAAAUAAUAGAUACUUUACAAUUACAUCAAAUAGGUAGAUCAAAUGGUGGAUCAUUAUGGGGAUGUUUAAGAUUAUUAAAUAUUCCUUAUAGUUAUUUACAUAAUGCUGGUAAUGAUGCUUAUUAUACUUUAUUAGUUGCAUUAAGUUAUUGUGAUCCCCAAAUAAGAAUUUUAAAAAAUUUAGAUAUUUAUUCUGAUAGUCCAUUUUUUGGUAAAAAGUCUAGUAAAGAAGUUACUAAUUUUGUUAAAGUUGAUGAUAUUAAUACAAUAGAUAUAUAG